GGAAGGCAGGCCUCGGAGCAGAAGCACCAGCCCCAAGGUUGGCGGGCUGCGGCUCGCCAUGGGGAACACCAUCAGGGCCCUCGUGGCCUUCAUACCCGCCGACCGCUGCCAGAACUACGUGGCCAGAGACCUCCGGGAGAUGCCGCUGGACAGGAUGGUGGACCUGAGUGGGAACCAGCUACGCCGCUUCCCUGCACAUGUGUGCUCCUUCCAGGAGCUGGUCAAGCUCUACCUGAGCGACAACCGCCUCAACAGCCUGCCUCCAGAGCUGGGGCAGCUGCAGAACCUGCAGAUUCUGGCCCUGGAUUUCAACAACUUCAAGGCUCUGCCCCAGGUGGUGUGUACCUUGAGACAGCUCUGCAUCCUCUACCUGGGCAACAACAAACUCUGUGAUCUCCCCAGGGAGCUGAGCCUGCUCCAGAAUCUCCGGACCCUGUGGGUCGAGGCCAAUUAUCUCACCAAGUUGCCGGAGGUGGUCUGUGAGCUGAGUCUCCUUAAGACCCUGCACGCUGGCUCCAACGCCCUGCGUCUGCUGCCAGGCCAGCUCCAGCGCCUCCGGGAGCUGAGGACCAUCUGGCUCUCAGGUAACCUGCUGACAGACUUCCCCCCUGUGCUGCUUCACAUGCCUUUCCUGGAGGUAAUCGACGUGGACCGGAACAGCAUCCGCUCCUUCCCCAGCCUGGCCCACCUGUCCAGCCUGAAGCUGGUCAUCUAUGACCACAAUCCUUGCAGGAAUGCACCCAAGGUGGCCAAAGGGGUGCGUCGAGUAGGAAGAUGGGCAGAGGAGACCCCAGAGCCUGACCCUAGAAAAGCCAGACGCUACGCGUUGGCCAGGGAGGAGAGCCAGGAGGCGCAGCUACCUGCCUUGCCUCUUCCACUUCCUCCUACCGGCUCCUGAGAGGCUUCAGUGGCAGGUCAAAGCCAAGGACAACUCCAGCAUCUUCUGGACACGGCUCCAUUAGAGUGCAGAGGAUUGCUCUGGGUCACGUGGGGCAUCUCUGCCGGCGGCAAAUGUAACAGCAUCAGAUGGAAUGCCUAACCCGCAAGAAGAAGAAAAUACUCAUGGCCAAGAACAUCUCUCCCAAAGGGAACUGUGUGCUAUAGGUAGCAAGACAACUUCUUUGCAAGAAAAUCAGCCUCUCCAAACAGGUAUUUUGAAACACCGGAAAGAAAGGCUGGGACAGUCUGGCCUCCCCCAGCCUCUAGAACUGGCUGGUCACGAGGCUCAUGCGCUUCCCAAAUCAGGUGUAAGUUACAGAACUUAUCUAACAGUUCAGGUGGCCUGUCUCCAGUCCUCUGCUGGGUGUAUUUUCAUACUAUGAAUGACCAUAAUUGGCAUGAAAAUAUUACUAUUCAGGUUACUUAAAAAUGACAUGUCUACCUAGUCAGUCAGAUUCAUAGAAACUCUUGUUUGUUGCAAAGGCUGGAGAUGAAGCUUUUCCCCUGCAAUUCAGUGGCUGCUGACACCCCUGCUGGGGAAUGCCUCCUGGUGGAGUCCAGCUGCCACUUUGAGCUUGACUGUGGUUCACGCUGUUUCAUUUUCCUUUUUGUAAAGAUUUGACCAAACGUCUACUCCCACCUGUGUGCUGUCACUGGCAAUGCUGAGAGUCAUCUAGAAAACAGAACCUCUUUGGCAGGGUGGUCUCAUUAAUAUCAAGCCAAACUGGCUGCCUCAGUGGAGCAGAAUCCUAUUGUUAACUCAACAGUAAUGAACUAGGGUUGAAUUAAAUCCCUUUGCAUGCAGGGACCACAUUUCCACAAUCAUAUUAGGUAAAAAAGUUGUGCAAAAUCCGUUCGUUUGAAAAAAGCAUUUGGAAAUUGGAACUGCAGGUUGUAGUGUACAUAUAGGAAAUGUCUGCCUCUUCAGCCUCAGCAUCUCUGCCUUCCCUGAUUUAUUUUUGUAUAGAAUCUUUUGGUGGUCCAUGUAUAAACCUGGGUAUUCAAGCUGCUAUUUCUUUGAAGUAUUAAUAUGUUAAUUAUGACCUUUUCUUCUCCGCACGAAUAUGUCUUUCCAGAAACUGCUGUCAAUGGGUAGUUUAAUAACACAAUCCUUUUUGUCCCUGAACUCUUUCAGAAAAGUGUCCUUUUAACUAAAACACUGAAAACGUUAGCUUUUAAAAAGUACGCUCUCCCUAAAAGCAUCUCAACCCAGGAAAGUUCGGCUCUAAAACGACAUUAGACAGACGACUAU